CAGCACUACAGUCAGUCUGCUUCAGACUCCUCAUCUCUUUCUUCAGUGCAGAUGCCAAUAUAGCAGUGAAGGCGGAGAUAUCAGUAUCUGCGUAUAUGGGAGACUGAUAUCACGGCUAAGUUUAGUUUUAACUAGAGUUUUAAACACUCUAGACACAUACUUGUAAUCGAGCAUGAAUGUUAGGCGAUCGGGAAUGUUGAGAGCCGGUGUACUGCUUCUCAUCAGCGGGUGCGUGUGCGCGAGUGUGCCGGAGGAACCCGCGGACAGAGCGUCUCCGUCGGACGGCUACUGCAGCUGGAUAACGCGGGCUCAGCCGCACGGAGCCGGUGGCAGAAAAGAGGGCUUUACUGAGUUCAGACUGCGAGUGGAGGGAGACCCGGAGUACUAUCAGCCCGGCAGCACUUAUCAAGUAACCCUGUAUGCGGUCAACUCUGCUUACUUUAGAGGCUUUACUCUCAUUGCUCUAAAGGAGGGACAGAACGGUGACCAGGAAGAUGAUUAUGCCGGAAAUUUCCAGAUCAUUGACGAGGAAGACACACAGUUUAUGACCAACUGUCCUCCAGCAGUGACAGAAAGCACGCCGCGCAGAAGGACCAGAAUACAGGUGUUCUGGACAGCGCCCCCCUCAGGCAGUGGCUGUGUACUUCUGAAGGCGAGUAUUGUUCAGAGAAAGAUCAUCUCAUUUCAGGAUGAAGGUUUCCUCACCAAGCGGAUGUGUGAGAAAGAGCCGCUCUAUGGAGAAAGUACAGAUAAACCUCUGCUGGACUGCUGUGCCUGUGGAACUGCCAAAUACAGAGUCACAUUCUACGGGAACUGGUCAGAAAAACUGCACCCCAAAGAAUACCCAAGAAGGGCCAAUCACUGGUCAGCUCUUAUUGGGGCAUCCCAUUCAAAGAACUAUGUAUUGUGGGAGUACGGUGGUUAUGCCAGUGAAGGGGUUAAACAAGUUGCUGAACUUGGUUCACCAGUGAAGAUGGAGGAAGAGAUACGUCAGAAGGGUGAUGAGGUGUUGACUGUCAUUAAAAUGAAAGCCCAGUGGCCGGCCUGGCAACCUCUUAAUGUCGGAGGUGGGGACAAGUCACACAUGUUCAAGUCCAAGCGAGCGGCACCCUCGGCUGAGUUCUCGGUGGACCGCACACGUCACCUGAUGUCUUUUCUGACUAUGUUGGGUCCCAGUCCUGACUGGAAUGUGGGUUUGUCCUCGGAAGACCUCUGCACCAGAGAAUGUGGUUGGGUCCAAAAGGUUGUCCAGGAUUUAAUCCCAUGGGACGCGGGGACAGACAGCGGGGUCACGUAUGAGUCCCCGAAUAAUCCAACGAAUCCUCCGGAGAAGAUUCGUCCCCUCACCAGUUUAGACCAUCCUGACAGCCCCUUCUAUGACCCAGAGGGGGGCGCCAUCACUCCUGUGGCAAGGGUCGUUGUGGAGAGAAUUGCCCGCAAGGGUGAGCAGUGCAACAUUGUGCCUGAUAAUGUGGAUGACAUUGUGGCUGACAUCGCCCAGGAAGAGAAAGAAGAAGAUGAUACUCCAGAGACAUGCAUCUACUCCAACUGGUCUCCGUGGUCAGCAUGCAGCUCCUCGACUUGUGAAAAAGGGAAGAGGAUGAGGCAGAGGAUGCUUAAGGCACAGCUGGAUCUCAGCGUACCGUGUCCUCACACACAGGACUUUGAGCCCUGCAUGGGGCCCGGCUGCAGUGAUGAAGAUGCUUCCACAUGCAUGAUGUCUGAAUGGAUCACAUGGUCGCCCUGCAGUGUUUCGUGUGGUGCAGGUGUGCGAUCCAGGGAGCGUUAUGUCAAACAGUUUCCUGACGAUGGUUUUGCCUGCACACAUUCAACAGAAGAGACGGAGCCCUGCACUGUCAAUGAUGACUGCUCUCCAAGCAGUUGCUUAGUUACUGAGUGGGGUGAAUGGGAUACCUGCAGUGCCACCUGUGGGCUUGGCAUGAAAAGACGGGAGCGCAUGGUUAAAAUGCCUCCAUCUGACGGCUCCAUCUGUGGAGCUGAGGUGGUGGAGGUGGAGAAGUGUAUGAUGCCAGAAUGCCAUACAAUCCCGUGUUUACUCUCCCCGUGGUCGGAGUGGAGUGACUGCAGUGUAACGUGUGGUAAAGGUACACGGACACGUCAGCGCAUACUGAAGUCACCUGUAGAGCUGGGCGAAUGCACUGAAGACCUUGAGCAGAUGGAGAAAUGGAUGCUGCCCGAGUGCCCAAUGGACUGUGUGAUGUCAGAUUGGUCUGAAUGGUCCGAGUGUAGUAAGGCCUGCGGAAAGGGUCACACCAUCCGCACCCGUCUGAUCAUGCUAGAGCCUCAGUUUGGAGGCGAAUCAUGCCCCGAGACAGUACAGAGAAAGAGGUGUAAGAUCAAGAAAUGUAGCCAAGGUGGUGCCAACAGCGAUGAGAGGAAGAAACGCAAAGAGGAGCGCAAGAAGAGGAGGAACAAACAGGGAAGGGAUGAAAGCACAGAUGAGCUUGCAGGAUGUAAAAUGAAGCCAUGGUCUGGUUGGACUGACUGCACUAAGCUGUGUGGCGGCGGCAUCCAGGAGCGUCUGAUGACAGCCAAGAAAAGAUUCAAGAACGCACAACUAACCAGCUGCAAAGACCGAAAGGAGAUACGAGCCUGCAACGUUCAUCCCUGCUAGGGCUGUGCCGCACAGCCUUAUGGGACAAGGCCCCAUCCAGAUUGUGGACAGACUGUGGCACGCUGUCUUACAGUCAUUCAAUGCACUCUGUACGGGGUCAGCCAGCUGCAACAGCUAGUCUGUUAUUUUUCAUUUACUAGAAUUUAGAUUGACCCAGGCCCUGCUUAGCCGGUAACAAAAUGGGAAACCAAGAGGGAAGGUGCAGGAAACAAUGCACUGUACAAAUUCAGAUUAAAAUGCAUUUAUAUUUGAGAGUAGCAGUCCUUUGAAGAGUGAAGUUCUUUUGAAGAUCGAAGGAAGACCUCGGCGUAUUAAAGAUUAAUAUGUUUUGAUGUGAAAGCUAAACAAAUUCCUGCUUUUAUACUCUGUGAUCUAAACUCUGUCUUCAUACACAAACACUCAAACACAAAAUAACAGAAAUGAUAUUCUUUCUAAUGUCUUUUGAAGUCACACAGUCAUCUCAGGCAUUCAGAAACAAGUCUCAAAACUUUACUUGCAAUUAUAUAAACAGGUAUGGAAAAUCACUGGCCAAUAGACAAUUCAGUUGUAAUGGUUUAAAAUGCAUUGUUUAACCACAAAUGUCUUUUUUUAAUAGAAUAAAUUGUACCAUUUCUUUCAAAAUCUUUUACUUUCAUCGAGGGGUGCACCAAUACAAAAUGUGUUGAUACCGAUAUUCAGUUACUUAGAAUGUCUACCGAUGUCGAUAGAUACAGAUAGUUGCUCUUUUUACUUUCAAUUUAUAUUAUGUUGUGAAAUCCAAGACGUGCAGAGUGUACAAAAUGAUAUUUUGUUUUCAUUGUCACCCAAUUCAAAAUAAUCACACAUUACGAGUACUAUUCCUUUCUUGCCUCCUUGUUAAUUGCCAGGAUAUUAUCUGCCCUAAUCUGUUGUUUUUAAACAAUCGGCCAAUGUCUGAUAAUGGGAAAAAUUGCUUGAAUUGGUUGAUACCGACUAUAGGCUGAUAUAUCGGUGCAUUUUACUUUCAUCAUACUUUUAGCAAAUUUUUACAUUUGUUUAUUUUGACAAGGCCUUUUCAUUUUCUUUACGUUCACUCAUUUCCCAGUAGACAUUGGGCACUUGAUGGAAUAGUUACCCCCAAAAUUACCGUAGGUCCAUACAAUGCAAGUAUUGAGUAUCUACCCAUUUACAAAAGUAAUCCAUAUUACUCCAGUGGGUUGAUAAAAGUAAAUGAUGAAAAUAUUUUUAUUUUUGGAGUGAACUGCACAUUUAAUCAAUACUUAAAACCAUGACUUUCAAUCCAAUAGAUAACAAAUUAAGUGGCAUCUGCAAACAAAUAAAUUCCGAAUAAAUUCUGAGAUUUCCUUAAAAUAUAACUUUUUGAGGCUAUUGUAUUGUAUUGUAUUUACUUUGAAUUGAAUUUGGUGUCAAGGUGAAUCCAUGUGAAGUUCACACAGGUGUACUAGCAGCACUAACAUAGAUGGUUUCAGCAGCAACAACAUAAAUAAGCAGCUUUUGUUGAUCAAACUCAAAGUGCCAGUAAGAUCCGAAUUCUUACCUUCCUAGUAUUGUUAAGGAGUCCCCAGCAACAGGUUUAAUUGCAUGCAAGGCCAAAAAAAACCAAAAUAUAAAUUUAACAUUACCCCAUUUCUCAGAGAGCCCCAAAUGAUUUGUGCAAAGCCGUUUAAAGAUUCUGCCUAAGCCCCACCUGUCGUCAAUCCAAGUAAUAAAACGACGACAGACACUAACAUUUUUAACACUAAUGUAAACACGUAAGCUAACCGGGCCACAGCUAAACAGUAAACAGCAGGGUAACUGCAACAUACGUUAGCCAGCUGCUAGCGCGACUUACCGACAAGACAUUAAGAGUUGAAAACUGACAUCAUCACACAUCAUUCAUCAUUCAUCCAAUGACGCUAACAUUUUAACACCCAUGUCCUGCAAGGAUGUAAGCUAAGCUGGCCACAGAUAACAGUAAACAGUAGUGUAACUACAACAUACAUUAGCCAGCUGCUAGCGGGAAUUAAUAGCCUCUUUCACACAGUAAUCAACAUGAUCUCACAAAGUUCCGUGGGAUAGUCACGGGUUUUUUUGCUAAUUUUUCCGUGGCAUUCUCACGGAUCUCCGCAUUUUUCAGUGGCCCUGCUACGGACUGUCUUUUACCGUGGCAUUCUCACAGAUUGGUUACUCAACUGCUUUUUCUAAUUUUCAAACCAUUUUCGCUUCGGUUUAGGGUUAGAUUUGGUGUUUGCGUUAGGAUUUCACUUUAACUAUUGGUUUUAUACUAUUUUUUCUGAUUUAUUCUUUUAUAUUUUCUAAACUUCAAACAAUUGUCGCCUGGCGUUGGGGUCAGAGUUGUGUUUGGGUAGGGAUGUCAUUAAAAGAUCAGCCUGGUUAUUCUGGUAAAUUACCACAAAUUUACCAGAAUGAAUUUAGCAGUAAAUACAAAAAUGUGCUGUUCACACAUGCAGUGAUGUUCCGUCUUUUUACCAGUAAGACAUCAUUCACACAUCAGUAUCAAAGAAAGCGGAAGUUACCUGUGGCGCGUGGACGGCGAGCUCAGUGUCCUACUUGUAAACAAUGGCAGGUUAUGACUUAAUAUCCACCGUACAUAUUUUGUUGUUUUCACAUCUGUGGCAAAUGUGACGGUCGCGAAGUUGCACAUGACCAAACAACAUUGCAUUAGGCGACGUUAAAUAGAACCGGCUUUCGCACAUUAGACUUCACAGAGGGUUUUCUAAAGACAUCGGCAAUUUGGUAAAUAGAUGGUAAGCUGUUUUAAACAACUUUGGUGAAGAAAUGUGGAUGUUAACUUCAGGUGUGCUCGACUUUUAAGCAGCAUGUGUGGGGAAACAUCUGUAAACAGUGCGGGAGUAAAGCGUCAUCUGUAUAAAAACUUUAUGAUUGGCCCGAAGCUGUCCGUGCGGUCUGACGUCGUCCGUUCUAAAUGCCGGUAAUCCUAUAUUUUUUGUUCACACAUAGCACUUACCGGUUGUGGUUAGGACACGCAUGUUGUUCCAAAUAAAGUGGGUCCUGAACCAUCAUUCAUGGCCAAAAAUUUUGUCAUUUAUUCAUUUUUUAGCAUUUUAUUUAAUUUUUUUUUGUCUGAAAGUGCCCAGAUAUAUUGUAAAUGUGUUAGGUUUAUGGAAGCACAUUGUUAUUUUGGAUUCCCUUCCAACAUCCCAUAAUGUUUGUUGUUCUAAAAACAGUAUUUAAGAAGUAUUUUCCCUACACUUGUAGCAGGUACACAGUUUAUAUAUGCAGUAUAAACAGCCAUUCAUUUGUCAAGAAACUUUUGUCAGGCCAAGAUAUUGAUAAUGUUACACUGAUUGAUCCCUUACACAGCUUUUGUAAAUCCAGUCCUAAGAGUGGGUAAAAUGUUUAACUAUAAACAUGUUUGCCCUGAAGUAUUGCCAUGUAUGCAAACCAAACUCUUCUUAGAAUUAAUUUUGCAAGAUUAUUGUAAACUUGUUGUAGAAAAAUGUAUUAUUCUUGAGUACUGAACAUGCCAUAAGCCAAGAAUGUUUCCAUCAUCUCCUGUGAUGUUUUCUUUGAUGUGUAAUAUUCCAAAAACUAAAAGCACAUACAGUAUAACCAGCCAUUCCAGAAUUUUAUAUGUCUCUGUAAAACAAAUGCUGUCUUUUGACCCACAGACCUGUUAUGACUUUUUACCCCACUGUAACACAUGUAGAUGCUAUUUUAAUUGGAAUAUUUUAAAUUUGAUGGAACUUUCAUUUGUUUUGUUUUGUUUUGUUUUUAUAUUAGCCCCUCCUAAAUUUAUUUUAUAAGAGAUUAUUCUUACCAAAGUCUUGUGUAGAUGUUUUGUAGUCGUCUCUCUCUUCCUUGUUGCUCCAAUGACACGAUUCAUAUUUUUUUGAAUAAUUUACCUUUACAAUAAAAGGAAAUGUGACAAA